ACUUUCCUUUGACUCGUGGAACGAUGAAAGAAAGCCCAAGGCGGGUGGGACACACUGCCUGCAGUGGGUGGUGUUGACUCAUCCUCUUCCACUUGAAGUAGUCUUCUUCGUGUGACGGUUGCGCAACCAACUACAACCACUAAUUUUCUCCUGUCCUCUUUAAAAAUACAAUUUUGUGUAGUACAAAUACAGGUCGCUUCACAAGGUCAAGGCCUGGGGUGCAGGUUAUGUAAAUAAAGUAAGGUAAGCUGGGUUUUUUUUUUUAACGAGUCACUUCACCUGAGAACUUUGGCUUCAGUAUAUGUCUUCCAUCUUGUGAGAUCAACUCUGUAUGAAAAACAACUUUAUCUGUGUUUAAAAACCAACCUGUAUUGGCUUUUCCCAAUGGAAGGCGAACAUUUGGGCGACAACGGAUCCCCGGGAGAAGAAUGUGUAGAAGUGGACGGAAUCCUUCUCCCAAAGAUUUUCGUAUCAAACCGCCCAAUGAAGGAACACAUCGACCGCAUCCGGGCACUUGAUGUCCGCGAUGACGAUGUCUUCAUAUGUGCAUUUGCCAAGUCAGGUACCCACUGGACGUGGGAAGUGCUGAACAUGCUGAUGUCCGGCAAGGCUGAGUAUCAGAAGCAGAAGAAGGAGACGAUGAUGCUGGAGGUGACGGCGGUCGAGACCAUCGAGGCCCUCCCGUCCCCGAGGGUUUUAAACACUCACCUGCCGGUCAGGAUGCUGCCCCGCCAGCUCAUGGACAAGAAGGGAAGGAUCGUCUUCGUCUACCGGAACCCAAAAGAUCUCUUCGUGUCCAUGUACUUCCACCUCAGCCAAGCAAAACUUGCCUCGACAAUUAAGGACCUAGAGGAACUCUUCAUGACUGGCCGGACUGUAACAGGAGACUAUUUUCGCUACAUGAAGGAGGUGGAUGCGUUCAUUAAAGAGAAUCCCCAACUUAACAUCUUCAAAGUAUCUUUUGAGGACAUGAAGGAGGACCUGGUGGCUGCAGUGGGAAGAUAUGCUGAGUUCCUUGGAGUUGCCGUGACACCAACAUUGUGCACUGAGAUUGCAGACGCCUGUGGCUUCCAGAAGCUAAAGCAUUUCGGAGAGACAUACAAAGAGAGUUCAGAUUUUUAUAUUCGCACAAAUAUAUCCCCUGUGACUAUCUUUCGCAAAGGUGAGGUGGGCGACUGGAAGAACUACAUGACUGUGGCACAGAGCGAACGCUUUGACGCCGCCAUUCAGCAGCUGGACGGAUGCGACUUCCGCUUCCGCUAUCAACUGUAGUCACGUGACUUCAUCUCGGGAUCCCCAGAUGUAUCACUUUCAUCAUCAUGCAGCGGCAUCUAACAUUUUUUCAAUGAAAGACGUGUUCAUAAUUAUUAAAUAGCAAAUUUGAAAUUAUUAUUCCUUAAAAUAUUCCUCCAUGGCCAUGUAAUUACAUCAUUAUAACAUGAAAUGUUUUAUUAUUAUUACUCAAAAUUUUGCAAAUUAUCACUUAAAACAUUACACCUCUUACACGUCAGUAUCCUUCAAAAUGUCUCAUCCUUAUCACCUACAGUACUACUCUAUUAUCUCAUACAAUAUUACAUAACAGGAUUUUCUGUUUAUCCCGUUAGUAAUCAAUAACAUUUUUUGGUUCAUUCAUUUAUCCUUCGUUCGUGCCAUUGAC